CAAUCACCUGCAUUGCAUUGCAGCACAGAUACAACCUCCCCGCACCGCAUCUCAAUUUUCAGCUCAACACAUGUGCGCCUCACUCCCUCGCUCGUCCCCAUCUCGACUGCCCUUCCUUUCUCGCGCUCCCUGCGUCCUAGCGCAUAAGGCUGCACCCAGCCCAGUCUUUCAGGUCAGGCAUGGUUCUAUCGGGAUCUCCCCUGCGCCUGCACCACCCUCUCGACCCAUCAGCCGACAUGUCCAGGUCGGGCCGCAAGUCCCUCUGGCACCUCUUCCGCGCGGCGCUCUUUCCGCCCAAGGGCCGCCCGCGCAAGGCGUCACGCCUCCCAGACCAUCUUCUUUCCCCUGGUGCUAGUAGCGGUAGUGAUAGGGCUUCCCUUUCCAAUCGCGCCGCCACAAGCGCGGGAGCUGGCGCAGGAGGGAAUGGCGGCGGCGCGGCGGGCAACAUGGCGGCGGAGGUGCAGCUGGCGGUGGGCGGCAUGCAGUGCGCGGCGUGCGCGGCGUCCAUCGAGAAGGCGCUGCUGCGCGUGGAUGGGGUGUCGCGCGCCGUGGUGUCGGUGGUCAACGGGCGCGCCAAAGUGACUUUCAACAACCUCAAGACAAACGCGGACGACAUCGCGGCGGCCGUGGAGGAUGCGGGGUUCGAGGUCACCGCCAUGGACGAUCCGCUCUCCUCCGCCGCCGCGCUUCACCCCGCGGGGGGAGCGCGCACCUGCCGCCUGCGCAUCCCGGACCUGCUGCUCGUCAGCUCCGGCGCCGCCUCUCUGGAGGAAAUGUUACAGCGCCAUGCGGGCGUGUUAUCCGCGACCGUCUCUCUCUCCACGGCGGAGGCGCAUGUCGUCCUCGAUUCCGCCGCGCUCGCCCCGGCCGACCUCCUCGCCGCCGUGCAGCAGGGGGGCUUCCCCUCCGCGCAUCUCCUCGACGACUCCGCCACCUCCGCCGACGGGCCCAAGGCGCACACUCUCCGCUUCCGCCUCCACGGCGUCGCUGCUGCUGUCUCCGCGCCGUCCGCGCCACCUUCCACUGGCGGAAACAUUUCUCCCCGCGGGUCUCCCCGCGGAGCCGCAAUUGACUCCGCGCGCGGCCCCCUUCCGCUGCCCGCGCGCAUAGAGGCGGUGCUGUGCGCGCUGCCGGGAGUGGCGGCGGCAGCAGUGCAGGCGGAGAGCGAGACGGCGGUGGUGACGUUCGACCCCGACCGCACGGGCGCCAGGGACAUUCUAGAAGCGCUGCAGGCGGAAGUGGUGGGGGUGGGCGGGGUGGAAAAGGUGGAACUGGCGGAGAGCGAGGGGGGGGUCGGGGGGAGCGCGGGGGCGAGGGAGCGGGAGCGGGAGGUGCGGAAGAUGUGGCGGCAGUUCGUGUGGAGCCUGGUGUUCACGGUGCCCGUGUUCCUGCUGGCCAUGGUGCUCAACCAUAUCCCGCCCUUCUACCAGUGGCUCAUGACGCCCGUCGUCAACUCUCUGCCCAUUGGCAUGCUGCUGCGCGGCAUCCUCACCGUCCCUGUGCAGUUCAUAGUGGGGUGGCGCUUCUAUGUGGGUGCCUUCUACGCGCUGAAGCGCCGCGCAGCCAACAUGGACGUGCUGGUGGCCAUGGGCACGAACGCCGCCUUCUUCUACUCGCUCUUCGCACUCAUUGCUUCCGCCGUCACGCCCCCGCACGCCUCCCCGACCCCCUGGGUGGUUCCUAGCAGCACCAGCACCGCUGCCGCUCCCAGUGCUGCUGCUGCUGGUAACCACACGGGCAGCGCAGCAGUGGUGCAUGUGGCGCGCAUGGCCAUGGAGGGCAUGCAGGGCAGCGCGGAGGCGGGCGGUGCGGAGGCGUCUGCGUACGCGGGGGUGGACUUUUUCGAGACGAGCGCGAUGCUGAUCUCGUUCAUCGUGCUGGGCAAGUACCUGGAGGCCGUGGCCAGAGGCCGCACCAGCGACGCCAUCGGCAAGCUGCUCAACCUCACCCCCGACACCGCCGUGCUGCUCACCCUGGAAGGGGCAGCGGACGGGAUGGGGGAGGGGAGGUCUGCAGGUGGGCGCGAGGGCGAGGCGAGAGAGAAGACGGGGAAGGAGGGAAGGGAGGAGGAGGAGAGGUUGAUGAGUGGAGAGGAGGGGGUGAGGGUGGUGGGGGAGCGUGAGAUCGAGGUGGCGCUGAUUCAGCGGGGCGACAUCAUUCGCGUGGUGCCGGGGGGCAAGAUGCCGACGGACGGCGUGGUGGUGUGGGGGCACACAUACGCCAACGAGAGCAUGGUCACGGGGGAGGCGCGCCCCGUGCUCAAGGAGGUUGGCAGCCACGUCAUCGGCGGCACGCUCAACCUGGGCGGCAGUGUGCACGUGCGUGCCACGCGCGUGGGCGGCGAGACGGCGCUGGCGCAGAUAGUGCAGCUGGUGGAGGCGGCGCAGAUGGCCAAGGCGCCCAUCCAGCGCGUGGCGGACCAGAUCUCCGCCGUCUUCGUGCCUGCCGUCGUCCUGCUCUCCCUCAUCGUCUUCCUCGCGUGGCUCAUCACUGGUUACAUCGGCACCUUCCCCUCCUCCUGGCUGCCACGUGGCAUGACGCCAUUCGAGCUCGCGCUGCAGUUCGGCAUUGCGGUGCUGGUGAUCGCGUGCCCGUGCGCGCUGGGCCUGGCCACGCCCACGGCGGUGAUGGUGGCCACGGGCGUGGGCGCGCAGCAGGGCAUCCUCAUCAAGGGCGCCGACGCGCUGGAGAGGGCGCACAAGAUCGAGACAGUGGUGUUUGACAAGACGGGCACGCUGACGCAGGGCAAGCCCACCGUCACCGCCACCGCGCUCUUCACCUCGCGCCUCUCCAUGCCCGACCUCCUCGCACUGCUCGCUGCUGCUGAGGCCAGCAGCGAGCACCCUUUGGCCAAGGCCAUCGUCGACUACUGCAUGCACUCGCCUCUCCUCCCCGCGUCCCUCCCCUCCCUCUCCCAUAUCCCACUCCCCCCGCUCCCCCUCCCCUCCUCUAUCUCCACCACCUCCUCCUUCUCCUCCCAGCCUCUGCUCUCGCGUCCUGUCUCUGCUCCUCCCUCGCCUCCCUCAUCCCCUCCUCUCCUCCCUUCCUCUCAUCCUGUCGCCGCUGUCAAGCCGUGCUGCCGCUCCUCUGGCCCCUCCACAGCGGCUGCUGCUGAUGAUGCCACCGAUAGCAGCACGAGAACAAGCAUUGACAGGAAUGGGGUCGCCACUGCUGACACCACCACCGCCGCCACCACCACCACCACCACCGCCGCCGCCCCCAGCAGCAGCAGCAGCAGUGGCAAGGGCGGCCUCUCUUCCCUUCCUCCACUGGACUCCUUCCUGUCCAUCCCCGGCCAUGGAAUCGUCUGUCAAAUCAGCGGCCGCCACAUGGCAGUGGGCAAUCUGAAGCUCAUGCGAGACCCCCCCACACCCGAGCCCUCAUCCGAGCCUCCCUCCCCCCCUCUCCCCUCCGUCACCCCCCUGCCGGUGCUGCCACAAGCGCAGCAGUGGCUGGAGGAGGUGCAGGGGGAGGCGCAGACGGGGGUGCUGGUGGCGCUGGACGGCCAGGUGGUGGGGGGCGUGGCGGUAUCAGACCCUGUGAAGCCCGAGGCGGCGCCCGUGGUGGCGCUGCUCAAGGCCAUGGGCAUGCGCCCUGUGCUCGUCACCGGGGACAACUGGGGCGCCGCCAGGGCGGUGGCGCGCGCGGUGGGGAUAGCGGGGAGCGACGUGGUGGCGGAGGCGGUGCCGCAGCACAAGGCGGAGUAUGUGCGGCAGCGGCAGGCGGAGGGGCAGCAGGUGGCCAUGGUGGGCGAUGGCGUGAACGACUCGCCGGCGCUGGUGGCAGCGGAUGUGGGAAUGGCCAUCGGAGCGGGCACGGACAUCGCCAUAGAGGCCGCUGAUGUGGUGCUCAUGCGGUCGUCGCUGGAGGAUGUGAUCACGGCCAUCCAUCUGGCGCGCAGGGCGCUGGCUCGCAUCCGCCUCAACUACGUGUGGGCACUGGGGUAUAACCUGCUGGGCAUCCCCAUUGCCGCCGGGGUCCUCUUCCCCACGCCUCUGCAUUUCCGCCUGCCCCCCUGGAUUGCCGGCGCUGCCAUGGCUCUGUCGUCCGUGAGCGUGGUGUGCUCGUCGCUGCUGCUUCGCCGCUACAAGCGCCCUGCAAAACUGGACCUCAUUGCACUGCGGGUGGACGGCUGACGCACAGAGGGCCAGAGGCUCGGAGGAGGGGGGCACAGCCGAGGAGCUGAGAGCUUUGAGUGCCCGUGAAUUCUACCGUUCCUCUCCCAGGCGCUGCAUAUGUGGGUCCAGCAUAGGUAGCAAACUCGGCAUGAGCUUUGGCUUCGAUAGUUUUGGGUCUUGUUCAUGGUAUAUCCAUCUGUAAAUAGUUGAUUGCGGUCUGUCCAGUUUCACUUUUUGUGUAUGUGGUAGUACUUUUGAUGUUCAGUGUUGCCACUAUCAAUUGUAUCAUGUCGACGACA